CACGAGACGCCAGAAGUGCCACACCAGCGCAUGAUGCAUGCUGGGUAAUAAUCGGAACCAAGCAGGAUCCGCUCCUCGUACACACACCGACAGACUGACAGCGAGAGCGGGAUCUCACCGGCUCCGUGCCGCUGUGUCCGCGACAUGCUCCAGAUGCUCGCCGCCGGUGCGCGGAAUGCGCUCGUGAGGAUGCGACACAUCACCCCGGUCUCGUGAGGUGAGACGAGGACGACUAGUGCUAAUGUUAGCCUGCUAGCAUCGCCCGUGUUAAUCAAUGGGCUCUGAUGCUACACUGAGCUGCGAUGCUAACAGACCGAGUCUGCUCUUCUGGAUUACUCGUUAAAAAGUGUGAGCUCUUGGCUGUGUUUCUGCUCAAGGCCCCAUGGAGCCUGACGUGAUACGCAUGUACUCCUCAUCUCCACCCCCGAUGGAGGACGGCAUCGAGGAAGAGGACGAUGAAUUCAGCGACUUCACCGGCGUCCCGAACAGCACCAGCUUCUCAGAGUUCGACACGCCCACCACGUUCAACCAGUCUCAGGCUUUGAACGCCACCUCGCCGCCGGAGCUGCUGAGCAACGGAAGGAUCGUGGGAUUGUCCGCUCAACCCGCGGGGUCUACGAAAGCCAACGGCGUGACCCCUGGCUCUGGCCAGACCUGCACGCCCAAUGGCAGAACGGUUAGCGUAGAGGAACUCAAAAAGUUCACAGAGCACCAAGCUCGCUUCACAUCCCUGGAGUUCACAACAGGGUCUCGGACUGACAGCGACUCCAUUGACUGCAAUGGCACCGCUGAAGUGCUCACCAAUGGGUUUGCGACAUUAGACCAAGGUGGAAGCCCGGCCACACCACACAAACCCAACGAAUUUGAUGCCAGUACAGAUGAUUUUGCUGAUUUCUCUGCUUUUUCAAAUGCUGAACACAACCAGCCUUCAGAUACAGACUUGGAUGAUUUGAAUCAAGGGUACAGACCACUACAUAAUGAUGUUAGCGACAGCGUUGAAGUGCAAGGAGUUAGUUUAGGAGACGAUAGUGGGGACUCGGGUAUCAGAAGAUUUGGAUUCCCUUCGGAAAACUCUGAAAAUCUCAGCAACGGUGACUGGGGUUUCCAUGAAGUCUCGGGUUUAGAUCAAAGGGAGUUAGACGCUGAUACUACUGAAGUAGAUAGCACAGUGCAACCGCUAGCCCUUAAUGGUGACACUUUUAGCGAAACUGAUGAUAACAGGGUGUCGCCCGACUCGAAUGAGGAUAAAUCUAGUGGUGAACAAUCAGAUGAGAAAGGCUCGGAGACUGAAACUUUAGAAACGGAGACGGAGACAGAGACUUCCUUUGGUCGGCCGCUAUCGACUGACGCGCUUGAAGAAUUCGGUGACUUUAGCACGACGGGGUCUGUACCCUCGCCUCCGCUUCAGGAGGAGACGGCCACUCCGGCCGACCACAGCCAGCUGGCCGAGGACGACGAUGAGGAUUUUGGAGAUUUCGGUGACUUUGGAGAUGCCAGCUCGUUUAGCGCGACUGGAUUUGCUGAUUUUGACCAGCAGGGGGUCUCUCAGACCGAACUGGCUCAGAGUGCCCCGGUGGAGGCAGAAGACGAUGAAUUUGGCGAUUUUGACACAUCAAAAGAACCUAGCACAUCAGCUUUGGAAGGUGAAGAGGCAACGCCGUUUGUGGCCUUUCCUGGAAGUGACAGUUUUGCGGAUUUCAGCUCUGCACAGGUGGCUGAUGGUGGUGAUAACGAAGGAUGGCAGGCUUUCUCUGAGCCGGAUCAGAGCCAGAAUGGAGGGGAAUCGUGGGCAACGUUCGAGCAGGAACAGGAUGCAGUGGGUAUUGAAAAGAGCGGAGAUGACUGGCACGAGAGCCAGCCAGCUACAGCGCCCCCUACUGCUGCGGAGCAGCGGAAAAGUUCAACGUCUGCACUGGUCAGCCGUUUGGAGAUGAUUUUCCAGGCCAGUUUCGAGCUGGUUCUUGCUCCUCGGGUGGAGGAAGAGGUGUCGACGCUCAACACCUUCCUCAAACCUCCUGACACAUCCCAACAGGAAGAUGCUGACAAAGGGACAACCAAUGGGGCACUGCAGGACGUGUGGCAGCAGCUGCAGGAUGUUCAUAAUGCCUUCGGCCUCCGGUACCAGUGGGGCGGCUCUCGCACCAAUAAAGCACUGCUCUGCUCGCUUGGUAUCGACACCAGAAACAUCCUGUUCACGGGCCAGAAAAAGCAGCCUGUAAUUGUGCCAAUGUAUGCUGCCAGUCUGGGGAUGCUGGAACCCACGAAAGAGCCGGUGAAGCCCGUCUCCGCCGCUGAAAUGAUCGCCUCAAUAGCACAAUCUCCUUCAGUCGCCACAGAGCUGAACACCUGUCCACCUGACACAGCCCAGGAGUCUCUUCCUCCCGUUCAGUUUGACUGGAGCAGCAGUGGCCUUACAAACCCUCUGGACGCGAGUGGAGGCUCGUCUCUGCUCAACCUCGAUUUUUUCGGCCCUGUGGACGAGUCGCCCUCCGGCACGGCCACCUCCAUUCCAGGCGUGGACCCGGAGCUGUACGAGUUGACCCAGGCGAAGCUGGACGUCAGCGGAGGCGGCAGGAGAGUCGUGGAUGCGUUCGCUCGCCUCAUGUCCACCGUGGAGAAGACCAGCACCUCCACCAGCAGAAAGCCUGUGCAGAAGGAGGAGAACCUGAGUGAAGAGGCUCAGCGAGUGAUCUCCGGUCUGCCGGAUCUGUCGUUCAUGCAGGCUAAAGUCCUCAUGUUCCCCUCCACGCUGACUCCUCUCCUCCCCUCCUCUUCACCCGACUGACGCGUUCUUCUCCUCCGUGACGUCUCACCUCUCAUUCUCUGUGUAUCGCUUUCUGAAUCUCACCAUACUGACAGUUAUGAUUUUAAUCUCAGACUUUUGGUUUCCACACUCCUGUUUGUCAUUUUCCCAGGCGUUUUUAAGUUCAAAUACAUUGUCCUGUGUACAAGAGAGUGUGUGAAAUAAUCGGCUCACGAUCAAACGCUGUAGAGGAGAAAAGACUAGAUCAUUUUAAUUGUUAGAAUGACAGUAGGAAGAGUUUUUGUUAAUCUGUAUAUAAUCAGGGAUGAUUUCCUUUCGAGUAUUCAUCACAACUAAGUGUGUGUGUGUGUGUGUGUGUGUGUGAGAGAGAGAGAAAGAGGCACUUUUCAGGUUGUUUUUAUGAAACACUGGCUUAAACAUCCUUCAAUGGCACAACUGAAUGAUCUGAUUUGUAUUGAUAUAUAAAUGCGUAGUUAUAUCGACUUGAAACCAAACCAUCUGCAGAAUAUUCUUUUGAUUUCGCGUAACUAAGGCUUUAGUUUUUAAACGUUUUGGCUAUUACAUUACAAUCAAUAUUGUUAUACUUGUAGGUUUUAGGUUAUUUGAUUUCGCACAGGCGUUAGUGAACACUUUAUCUUUUUGUUAUGCUGAUAGUUUAACAAUUAACUCUUUCCACACUGACAGACUGUAGAUGAGUCUAUAGUAACUUCAUCUUUAGCUGCUCUUGUUUAUUCGUUUCUUAUUUUUUUUAAAGUUUAAAGUUGAAACCACUGGCUUCGGACUAUAAUGUAGUGAAGGAAUUAUUGAAUGAUUAACUUGAAUAUUUACAUACAUAGGUGUAUCGAGAAUAAGGGACCAAUAUCUGCUGUAUCCUUUAGCUCAUUUCCCUGUUAUCAUUGUGUUUUUGGUCAUGCUGUAUCUGUGUUUUAUUUAAUCGGAUAAAUCUUAAGCGACUCUGGAGGACGUCUGCCGUCACUGUUGUCCUGUACGCCAGGAUGCAUGAUGGGAAGUGUUCCCCAGAAAUGAGUUUUCUCAUCUUUUGGCUUUUUUUUUUUUUUUCUCCCAGUUGUGUCACUGUUUAUUCUGUCUCCUGGAGGAUUUUGCACAUUGUAAAGAUAUACAGAAGAACUGCUUACAUAGUUAACUGUGGCUUCAGACUGUGUACAGUCAAACUAUGGAACAUGUACAAAUUGUUAUGGGAGAAUUCCUAUGGAAAACUCAUAAUGAUGAAUGAUAUCUCUAAAGAGCCUGUACCGAGGUCAACCGCGCAUGCCUGGGUUCUUUGAAAAAACAAACAAAACAAAAAAAAACGAGUGUGUAAAUUUUCUUUAAGUGUACACAAGAAAUUAAAAUAAUUUAAGAGAAAA